ACAUGACCAGAUCCAAAGCUGCACUGCAAGAAUCGGGAGAAAGACUUGUUCCACUCCACGUACACUUUUUGCGAAAUUGCUUGGUCAUUCCCUUUCACAUCCACCCCCUUCUUUCCAUUCCACACAGGUGUUCGCUAAAGGCGGGAAAAAGGUAGAGAAGGGCGAGAGCGACUCAAAAGGGCAGCAGCACCGCGCCCGGAAGAGGAAAGUGCAAAGGGAAGUGGGUGGAAAGGUUGAGACGCUUGUCAGAGGUUGCUCAGUUGUUGUAGUUAGCAAAGCAACAUGACUGAUGUUAAGUGCCAGUCUUUGUUUUUCAUCAGUCUGCCUGACCUGCGAAAACUCUGCAUCGUGAAGGUUACGCUGAGUUCUCUGUUGGCAGCAACAGAGAUUAGAACGGCACAAAGGAAGAUGUGUAGGCAACUCGUGUUUCUGCAUCAAGAUGUCCUUUCUUCUCCUGUUCCUGGAACAUUGAAUCAGAUUUCAGUGGUUAUGACGAUAACCUUUUAUAAGUCAGGAAAAUUUCAGACUUAUGUAGAGAAACACAGAGCUAUAAUGGCAGUGCCAGAGAGAGUUGUCCCAGCUAUCUUUCAAACCUGCCUUUCUUAUACACUUAUAUCCAAACUUGCUCCUAAUUGGAACCAAGCUGGUCAUCUGCUGAUACAAGGGAAAUAUUUUCUGUCACAGCCAGGAAAGCAAAAUGCAGUUGUUAUGGACAUCAAUGUAUCGGAGACUCAGGUUUGCAUUAGUGUAGAAGUUUUCACAGUACGGCUACCACCACCUGAGCUAGAAGACUUUAAUAUUUCAGCAAACAUCGUAAAGGGAUUUGACAGUGAUAAUAGUGCAGUCAUUCAAAGAUAUUCUAUUUUAAGUAACUGGUGCUAUGUUUUGCCAAGCAUGAAAAUGGGUCAGAUCAUAAAUAUUAGCCAUAUAAUUCCACCAAAUUCUCCAUUUCGGUCAUACAGCGAUUUGCAGCUGCACUGGGAAGAUCUGUAUGGCUAUAUGCUACCUGAGGAUCAUGGGACUUAUUGCAGUAUUUACUUCAAACUAAUAGGGGAGCAACUCUUCACAUAUCUUUUAUAUACUUUAAAUUUAUAUCCUUUCAGUUGCAUCAGAAGCCAGCCAGUGCAGUACUUUCCUAGAAUAGAUUUAGAAGGUGUUCUAAAUGCUUUUAUUGCUGAUCUGAAGACUAUAAUUCCUCAUUCUUGUGGAUUUCCUCUUAAAAUGACAAGUAAAGCAUUAUACGCCACCAAGAAUCUUACCCAAUCAUCUAUACAGAAAGUUAACUCUAAACCAGCCAAUCUCACUGGAAAAAGGAAUUACAAGGUAACUUUGACUCAAGUAAUUCCAAAAAAAGUUAUGUUUCGGCCUUCAUCGUGUGUUAUAGAAAACAGCCACAAGAUGGAGCUUGAAGUCAACCAGCCGAAAACAGGUAUUUUUGCUAAUCUCCAUUUACUAGCAGAAGAUAAGAACACUGGAACAAUGGAGAGAAAAGUCUAUAGAAGGAAACAAGAGGAAACCCCAGAAGAAUCUGCACAAAUGCUAAACUCGAAUGUAUCUUUCAAAAUCUCAAAGAAUUCUUUAAGAAAAGAUUCUACCAAAAUCAUACCCAUUUUUAAAGGAAAGCUGUUGCAGAUGAAUAAGCAUACCACAAAAACCAUCCAUGGAAAGAAAAAGCAGAUUAUUUCCAAAGUAAUGAACACAACUGCUGAAUUGGCUGUAUUCAAGCCUAGUACAGAUCAAGUUAACAAAUCGUUACAUGAUGCAUUAUUAAAAAAUAUUAAAAACAGAAGUGGUCUUCAGAUACAGACUGGAAAAAACAAUGUUAAGUCUACUAACCUAACAUUAAAAGAGAAAAAUGAGGAUGAUGAACAGCUGUCAAAUUAUGCUUCAGCUUAUCGAGUAGUUUUAAAUAGGAAUUCAAGUAAAAUUAAAUCUGUAAGACUAAAUUCCUCUUUGACAUCUGCUAGUGGCAUAUUAAUGCGUCAUGCAUCAAUUGUCCCUCAGCAUUUGAAUAAACCUUCAGAUCUCAGUACAAGCCAGAAUAUCCUGAGCACUGGAUCAAAGAAAAACCAUCUUUGCCUAUCUCACUCAGAUGUGGAUGAGGGAAAUCCCAGAAUAUUUCAGAAUCAAAUACAAAGUCCAACUGACAAAGAAGAAACAAAUGGUUGCAGAUUAAGCAAUUCAGUGCAUAGUAAGGCCAAAAGUGGAGGUCGGGAUACAAUUGCAACUUCUAGUCACCAUUUCCAGUUUAACUAUAUACAGCAGAUACAGGAAGACCCAGUCAGGAGGACCACAGUGUUCAGGAAGGGGCACAGUCACCAAAAAAGUGAUCUCUCCAAAAUGCUGUUUUCCUCUAGAGGUAAGCUGCUACUGGUGCAUGUGACAGCUUCUGCCACAUACCAAAUAGCUUGGGGGAGAGUCCAAUUUUGGCAUAGUAAGAAAGGGCUGGACCUUCCAGUGUAAUGCCAUUGCUAAAGAACAACAUACUGAAGAAAGUACAUACUGUAUACUAUUGUUAUAAUUUACAUUAGAAUAACAAGACGAAAAGUUUUAGGCAGAAUGUUUUGUACUGAUAAGACAUUUCACACUAUAAGUAUAUUAUAAAGUUCCAUUUCCAAUGACAUUUGUAAUGAUUUACAACUCAAGGAAUGGCAGAAUAACUUUUUUUGAAGUUUUAAGAUACUAAAAACACGCAAAUGAGUCAUUCUGUUGUGAAAAUAUAAACUCAAGUCAGAUUUGCUCGAAUAUGGAUACUCACUUGACAACUGCAUCAACUGCUGGUGGCAAAAGAAACCCUCUAAAACGUUUAGUAACAGCAUCUAUAGGCAUGUUAAUGCGAGAACAAGGAGAAGGAAAUUCUCAGUAUUGACACACAAAACAGAAAAUGAAAUAAAACCCAUUAGGAGCAAUGUGUUACUGAGAAAUGUUUAUUGGUUGUGUGUGUUAUAUAGAUAGAUAGAUAGAUAGAUAGAUAGAUAGAUAGAUAGAUAGAUAGAUAGAUAGAUAGAUAGAUAGAUAGAUAGAUAGAUAGAUAGAUAGAUAGAUAGAUAGAUAGAUAGAUAGAUAGAUAGAUAGAUAGAAUUCAUCCUCCCCGUUCCCUGUCCCAUAUUCU